AUGACGGCAUUCUGCUUCUUCUCGUACGUUCUCCCCUACGUCACAGCUCGGGUGGUCGGCAAUGACCAUUUCAGUGGAUUUGGUCCUGGGAACGGCGAUCCAAACGACGAAUUCUAUCCCGAGCAGAAGGCUUAUCUUGAGGCCAUCUCAGUACCGGAGGCAUGGAGCAUCUUGGCAACUGCUCCCAAGAGAACACCCGUGACCAUCGCAGUUAUUGACGACGGAAUCGAGGCCGAUCAUCCCGACUUGAAAGGCAGGGUCAUCGAGGGCUACAAUGUUAUUGAUAAGAAUACUGAUACCCAUCCUCGAGGACCGCAUGGAACCAUGAUGACUGGCAUUCUCGGUGCUAUCACAAAUAACAAGAUCGGUAUUGCAGGUGUCGUGGACGGUGUGCGUGUGCUACCUAUAUUUACGGGUGAAAAGGCAGAGGGAGCCACGGAUCUUGACGCUUUCCAAUACCUUAUCGAUGAAAGAAAGGAUGUGAAAGUGAUCCUGUAUACCGCUACGUACAAACUAGCCUAUCCCCCUUUGCUGAGGAAGAUCCUGGAAGCAGUGAUAGCUGGGAUGCUCGUUGUUGUGUCGGCAGGGAAUAAUCACGUUGAUAUGGACGUGACCAAAGAAUUUCCUUGUACUCUCAGUGGCCAGCAUCGUGAUGGAGUCAUUUGCGUGGCAGCGACAAAUGAUACCAAAAUGCAGCUCGACGACGAAAGCAAUUUUGGUUCGACUGUUGACAUCGCCACUCCAGGUUACAGACUACUUGCAACCUCAACUGGUGGAACAUAUAAACUUGUUACAGGGACCUCGGCUGCCGCCGCCAUUGCAGCAGGUGUGGCUGGAAUGCUGUACAGCCUUGAACCUUCUCAGAAGGCUGAACUGACCCCUAAUUACAUCAAAACGAUCAUCAAGGAAACAGCUACACCAGGUGUGAAGGACAAUAAAGGGAAGAAGACUUUAUCCUUCGGUCGUCUGGAUGCUGUGGCAGCGGUUCGUAAACUACUUCAGCAGUAG